CGUUGCACGUAUGGGGACUUCCGCAUUCGGUACCGUCGAGGUAUCGACCUUCUUGUCCCUGCAGCCUCUUAUAUCCAGACACAUUCGCUAUUCCUAUCCAUCUCCUCCACGAAUAAUCCCUACUACUACAAGGAUUCUUUUCACUCUGUUUCUUCCUUUACAUGCUACACUAUCAACUUCUGAGACUUCCGUAUUAACCCUGCUCAACACUCGGCGAGGUGCAUCACACAUUCAGUUUGAUGCGCUCUUUCAAAUUCUAUAAUAUGCAACGGACGGUUUCACAAAACGCCUCAUCGAGCCCUCGAUCUUCGGUUGAGCCAAACGCUGCUCCAGAUACAACCCAAGCACGAGGCUCGAGAAUCACAAGGGAUCGGCGAAGUCUCACAAUGACAGACGUCAAGACCGCUGUGACCCCUGAUCGAGCUGAACCAUCGGUGUCAUUGCGCAUAAGAUCGUCCGCGGAGCCUGUUCUCGCACCUGCGGAGCGGAGCGGAGUACAGUGGCAGACGAACGUAUCAGAUGACGGUGAUAUAUCUUCAGGCUUUAGCUCAUUUGCGUCUUCUACCACAGAUCUCAGCGAAACCAGAGAGAAAGACGUGCCUAUCCUAAGGAUCAAUACCGGACAUCUAUCUAGCAACACAUCGUCGCAUAGGUCACCCUUACUACGAUCAGCUUCGUCAACGUCAUCCAGUCCUAAAAGUGCCCUAGCAGAACCGGCUGUAACUCAUGUGACUGUGAGUCCUAGUAAGACUGGUCCCGCCGUUGAGAUAGUCAAUUCGCCAGCAGGUCGCUACGACGUCAUCUGGGACGAACAAUUGGGUGAACGGGAGCAGUCUGGUCUUAUUAGUCCGACAAAGGUUGACGAGGUCGAACCACCGCUUCGCCCUACCGCAGGUAUCGACAUCGUCACCAAGAAAUUGUCAUACUGGGCCUGGUCCGGACUUGAACAUCCCCUCCAGCGUUCCCGGUCCGAGCCUUCACUUGAAAUUCUUCCGGUGGUGCAACCCCAAUCGACAACGAUGGAAGCAACACCCUCGCUGCCUGUCCCACCAAACAGUAUGCGUACAAGUCAGCGAACAAGUGGGCACUCAUCUCAGCAGUCUCGACAAGCUUCCCCACUUCCACCCAAUCUCAACGAGGCAGACGAACGCCUAAUCAAACAAAUUUCAGGAGGUGAUCACCUCGAAGUACCCGAUCUGGUUCCGACUCGACGGGAUCAGAGUAGCUCGGACUCUUCGGAUGGAACAAACAGUCCUCAGCUACUUACUGAUCCGAAAUUUGGCUUUCAUCGAGAUUCAGUGGCGCUUGCACGGGAUCGACUGUUCAAGACCAGCGGUAUCCAGCCAGAACGAUUUGCUCGCAAAGACUCACUUGCAGUUGCGAGAGCACGAAUCUCAAGACCGAAACCUCAACAUGAAGCACAGGCUAUGACACAAAUCGCCCAGGAUCGACCAGUACACUUCUUCCCACGCAGUGGGUGCGCUAGUAUGCGAAGAGCGCGUGAACAAUCGUCCGAGGAGGAGGAUGACAACAAGGCUGAUAAUCGACGAUCAGCACAUAUCGUGAUCGUUGAGCCUGUCAAGCCGUCUGAAUAAGUGAUGGGUGAAUAACACGGAAACAAGGAGUUUAGGAUGUGAUGGGUCACCAGGAUGCGUUGCAACGAUGAUGAAGUAUGAUUGUACGAUUAAGGGACGACCUGUCUGGCGUGUAUGGAAGCUUCGAACGACAGUUAUCGAUCAGCGAGACUUAGCCGCCAAAGAAAAAACCAAUACGAAAUGUAGUCUUCUGACGAAAAACCUGUGAAAGUGAAAGCAUACAGCGACCGGAUUACUCAGCGGAGGCUUAGUAAUCGAUCCAAGAGCGUUCUUGAAGAUUGAACAUCAGACGGCGAGAGUGAUUAGUCUCUGAAUGUAUUGUAUCCCACAAAGAUGAGUAUCGCGCGUAAGCGCUUGUGAUUGUUGUGGUUGUUAUAUGCG